GGAUGUAAUGGGGCUAGCCAGAAACUAGCUGCACCGAGCUUUGAAUUGAAUUUGAAGUUUACCGAAAGUUCAAUAGAGAGCGGGUUGAAAUGAAACGCGAUGUCCGGAUUCUGAUGUUGGGGGAACCCAAAGUGGGAAAGACCUCUCUCAUCAUGUCUCUGGUUGGAGAGGAGUUUCCUGAGAAGGUUCCUCUCCGAGCAGAAGAGAUCACCAUACCAGCCGACGUCACGCCUGAGAAAGUGCCCACACAUAUAGUCGACUAUUCAGAAAGUGAACAGUCUGAUGAAGUUUUGCGGGAGGAAAUCGUGAAGGCCAAUGUUGUGUGUGUGGUUUAUGAUGUCACACAAGAGGAAACCAUUGACAAGAUCAGGACUAAGUGGAUCCCGCUGGUGAACGGUGGUGCUGAGAAAGGAAACAAGAUUCCCAUCAUCCUCGUGGGCAACAAGUCCGACCUGCGCUCCGGCAGCUCCAUGGAAACCAUCCUGCCAAUCAUGAACCAGUUUUCAGAGAUUGAGACCUGUGUAGAGUGCUCAGCUAAGAAUCUGAAGAAUAUUUCUGAGCUCUUUUAUUACGCCCAGAAGGCCGUUCUGCACCCGACUGCUCCGCUCUACGACCCUGAAGACAAGCAGCUGAAGCCGCAGUGUGUUCGAGCUCUGAGUCGGAUCUUCAGUAUCUCUGAUCAGGAUAAUGAUCACAUCCUCAGUGACGCUGAACUCAACUGCUUUCAGAAAUUAUGUUUCGGGAACCCACUGGCUCCUCAGGCUCUAGAGGACGUGAAGACAGUGGUGUGGAAGAACACCAGUGAUGGAGUCCAGGACAACGGACUCACUCUCAACGGUUUCUUGUUCUUGAACACUCUCUUUAUCCAGAGGGGACGUCAUGAAACCACCUGGACCAUCCUGCGUAAAUUCGGCUACGAUGACACGCUCGAGUUGACCGAUGACUACCUCUAUCCACCGUUACGAGUAUCGGUGGGUUGCUCGACAGAGCUGAAUCAUCUGGGUCAUCAGUUCCUCCAGAAGCUGUUUGAUAAGUACGACGAGGAUAAGGAUUCAGCGCUCUCCCCCGCUGAGCUGAAGAAUCUGUUUAGUGUUUUACCCUACAUGCCCUGGGGCCCGGAGGUGUACAGUAACGUCUCCUUAUCAGACGACAACUACAUCUCACAGCACGGGUUCUUUUGCCAAUGGAUGUUAUCUGCUUAUUUGGAUGUCCACCGGUGUUUGGAGCAUCUCGGUCACCUCGGGUAUCCCAUUCUAAUGGAGCGAGAGUCCCAGACCUCGGCCAUCACCGUAACAAGAGAAAAGGCAUUGGAUCUGGAGAAGAAACAAACCCAGCGCACCGUGUUCCUCUGCAAAGUGAUCGGUCCACGAGGAACAGGAAAGACCGACUUCCUCCAAGCUUUUCUGCAGCGGAGCACUGAGAGAAACGAGCGUGACCCCGGUCCCCCCACAAUAUACGCCAUCAACACAGUCUCAAUAGCCAAUCAGGACAAGUACCUCAUCCUGGAGGAGGUGGACGUGGAAACAGAGUUUCUAAAAGCAGCAGACGCAGCGUGUGAUGUGGCGUGUCUCAUGUAUGAUGUCAGCGACCCGGACUCCUUCAACUACUGCGCUAGUAUUUAUAAGCAGCACUACAUGGACAGUGGGAUCCCGUGUGUGGUUGUGGGCUCCAAAGCUGAUCUGAUAGAAGUCAAACAGCAUCAUGGGAUGAGCCCGUCUGAGUUCUGUUAUAAACAUCGGCUGCCUUCACCUCUCCGAUUCUCCACGCUGCUCACACACACUCACACACACAUUUACAGCAAGCUCACCUGGGCUGCCAUGUACCCGCACCUGAACGGAUCAGACAUGAGCAGCACGUCUUUCUGGCUGCGUGUGACUCUGGGAACCACAAUAGCUGCCAUGCUGGGCUUCGCUCUGUACAGAGCCUUCAGUCGACACAAAUGAUGCAGAUACUCGCGUUCUCUCACAAUACAUGCAGAUAAACACACACUCACUCGUUUCCUGCGCUCUGUCUUGGCCUUACUGAGUCACUGUGGCUUAACAAGGGCAUGAAGCUCUACUAGUUACAGUGACAAUAACACAAUUAAGCAGAUGUUUGUUUGUUUCUUCUCAGCUGGACUAAUGUAUUGCACAUGCUUUGCUUUUAUUACAAAAAGUUCCCGAUCUUACUGUUUGACUGACAUCUGACAUUUUUUUCAUCAUGUUUUGAAGGGAACAAUAUCAAGAAAUGAUUUAAAAGGUUACGUUUCGGAUUGUAUGGAAUAGCUUGGGAAGUCAGUGUGGAUCGUAAAUAUAUUCCAUGUGAAUUCAUGUUCUGUUUCUGAAGUGUGUGUUCAAAGGCAUCUCAACGUCGAGGUCAGUUAUUGAGUUUUACCUCAGCCAGUACAGGAAAUGCACUUAAAUGUAAUUUAUCAUUCCCCCUCUCAAAAUGUUCUGGGUUAAAUAGAAAUUAAAGGAGUAGUUCAUUACCUGACAACUGACUUCGACUCAGGCCGUCCCAAGAUGUAUAUUUGGCGAAAAUCUAGCAUCGCUUGCUCAUUAAUGGAUGCUCUCCAGUGAAUGGGUGCCGUCAGAAUGAGUCCAAACAGCUGAUAAAAACAUCACAAUAAUCCACACCACUCCAGUCCAUCAGUUAACAUCUUUUGAAACAGACGAGAUUUGUUUUUCACAAGAGAAAGCAAGAAUAUAUAAAUAUUAACAAUGGAUUUUGUAAUUAUAAAUAUACAAGCAUGCAUUAUUUGUGGAUUAUUGUGAUUGUUUUUAUCAGCUGUUUGGACUCUUAUUCUGACGGCACCCAUUCACUGCAGAGGAUCCAUUGGUGAGCAAAUGAUGCAAUGCUACGUUUCUUCAAAUCUGUACUGAUAAAGAACUGAGGAUAAGUACAUUUUCAGCAGAUUUUUCAUUCGAGUGACCCAUUCCCUUCAAUUUUAGUUGAAUGCUACAGAUGUCAGCAGAAAGCAUUUAAGUGCAUCUUCUAAAUUGGCCGAAUUAAAGCAAAAUAAGCAUCGGUCCCCAUUCAUUUCCAUUUCAUAUUCCACAGAUUGACAUUUAUAUGUUUGGACCAUGACUGACAAAUAAAUGUAUGUGUUACUUUUUAAAGACAGCCAAGGCAAAACCCAUUGAUGAUUUUGAGAAUGGUUCAACUGGACCGAAACUUGCAGGAUCUUGCUUUUCUGUUCGCCUAUAUUGAUUGUAGAGAUGAAUGAUUUCUGAUUGUUUAAAAUUGCAGUAAGGAUGGAUGGUGUUAAAGUGUAUUUUAAAUAAUAUUUUAGUAACCUAAAUUGCUCUGAUGAUAUUUAGAGCCCUCCUGUAUAGUUACAAAAACCAGAUAACCAGUUUGAAUACAGUUACUUCAACCAUUAUAAUGGACUGAUAUGGUCAGGAUGGACAGUUAAGGAUGGCCUGGAUUACUGUAUUUAUAAUAUUGUCCAAACUUGAUUCAUCUUGAAGACAUUGUGAGCAUGUUAACUUUUAUUUCAGCCUAAAAACAAACCCUAAAGCCAGUUUCAGGGCUGAGGUCUUUCUUGCUCAUUCACGUUGAAUUUGCAUGUGAAGAUACUCCUUCAAAAAGAAAGAAAUGACUGUGGCGGUCCUAAUUUCCUGGUUUAAUUUUCAUAAUUGCUAUAUUUUGUUCAGUAUUAAUGGCCAGUAUUAACUUGCCCUAAAAUCCCCCUGGCCCAUGUCUCAUCAGCCUCAGUCUUCCAGUUUCAACAUCAAAUGAGAUGCUUGGAUUGAAGCCUGUAUGUUCUAAUAGAAAUAUUUUGUAAUAAACUAGCUUUUUUUCUGGUGA